UCAAUGUACGUUAUAGCCGACAUCUUCGGAAUAUAUUAUAUAAUUUUAGCAAAAGAAUUGGUGAUUCAUGACAGCAAGGAAGCGCUUAUAGAUUCCAAACAAUUCGCAGACAAAGAAUAGAUCACAUGUCAUAUUAAUAGAUAUGUAUUUAGCAUAUUUUUAAAGAAACUCUACUAAUGGAGCCACUUGACGUAAACAAUAACAAUUAUAAUAUCAUAUUAUAAUGUUAAUUCACGCGUAUUGUUAUAAACCAUUAUGCUGUAUGAAAUACAUUGAGUAGGCAGGUUGAAAAAUUAGCCAAAAUGUCUGAAUACCAAUUAUAAAUAGUGGGAACAUGAAAUGAGUCUCAAAGUUGUUGGAGACAGGGAAGAGUACGGACCUGAUCAGCUCGAGACUACUUCUGCUCAAGAGUAAUCUAAGAAUAUCUGGAAGAAAAUGUAUCUACCAGGGCUACUUCUUGCGUUCUCUUAUUUGCAAUCAGCUCAAGGACCAAACGAUGUGUAUGUCCGCAAAGGCUCUCUCGAGAGCUUGGCUGCUGACCUCAAAGCCACCUCUCCAAACUUAAACCUGGAAGUCUUCAAAGAUUCUGCCAUUUACCGAGAGGGCAACAUGGGAUACUAUCUAUCAGAGAACCUUCGCGAAUUUGUAUCUGGAGGUGACGUACAGCCUACUGAGCGUGGAAUUAUCAUCACCAUCACUUUCGAUCCUCCUAAAACGGCUGAAGAUGAGACUACAUACGACCAGCAUCUGGAACAUAUAGUCCACCUUCUUCGGCAAGCUGGAGUCGAACAAAGCCUGGUCUCAGAAGACGAGUCUUACAUUAAACCCAUGCUUGAAUAUUACAAUAGUCUCCAGACCACAUCUGCUUAAAGAAAAUUAGAUUAAAAAAAACUUGAGAAUUAUUACCACAACCGAUACUGUUAGAAUCAAAUUCAAUUUUAAUUGUUACUUCUUGCACUGGCUGCGGUUGCACUUUUCUGUCCUUGUUGUUAUCUUGCAUUUGUUGAUAAAUAUAGCCUUCUAUUAAA